GCGAUGGCGCAGAACGUGUAUGGUCCUGGAGUGCGGAUGGGCAACUGGAACGAAGAUGUCUUCCUGGAGGAGGAACGCAUGAGACACUUCCUAGAGAAGAGGGAAAAAGGAGAACUUCUUAUUCAGAGAAACAGAAGAGUGAAGAAGCACAUUUUGAGACCGAUGCAGCUUUCGGUAUCCGAAGAUGGAUAUGUCCACUAUGGUGAUAAAGUGAUUCUUGUGAAUCCUGACAACGUCCUGGGGGAGGAAGCUGGCAUGUUUAUGAGAGGAGACCUGAGCCUGUGUAUGAGCCCAGAUGAAGUUAAAGCACAACUUAGUGAUGACUUAGAGAUACCCUGUGGUGUGAGUGCUGUGCAGACCAUUGCCCCAAUGGGCAGGAACACCUUCACCAUACUGAGUGACCGAGCAAACAGCUGUGAUAUGGGCCAAGUGGUUGUAUAUGGGCAGAACUUCUGCCUGGGGAUAGCAGCAGGACUGGAAGGCAAGAUGCUGUAUCUAACAAGUGACCACAGAACCCUUAUGAAGUCUUCUGUGAAGUCCUGGCUCCAGGAGGUGACUCUAACAGAUGAGGUCACCCAUCUGAACUGCUGGCAGGCUGCCUUCCUCGACCCCCAGCUGCGCCUGGAAUACGAAGGCUUCCCAGUCAGGGCAAAUGAGAAAGUUGUCAUCUAUCAUCGUCACACAAACCGAGCCCUGGCGGUCCACCGAAAUCUCUCCUUAAGGUAUCACAGAGGGCAGAGGCAGGAGAAUGCCCUAAUUGUCUCAGGGCCAUGCAAGUAAAAGCAGAGAUGUUAAACUAAAAUUCCAUGCCUAGACGGUCGAGGACCUACUUUGGGAAGGAAGUUGAGGUUGCAGCACACACACAUCUGGAUUCACACAAAGUUGAGAAACCCAAGAACCACUGGAUGCUGGUUACUGGAAAUCCCAGAAAUAAGUCAAACACCAUGUUAGACCUCUCCAAACCCACCACAGAGGACACCUGUGCCGUGGAGCAGGCCAUGGGCAUCAACAUGUAGUGACAUACCAGGCACACACAUGGCCUCUCAGGCUCUGCUCUUACCAAUUGUAGGACUUAAAAGAAACGGUCAAUCUUCUUGGUUGUGCCCUAAGCAGUUUUUCAGUAGGUGCAAAACCCCAUGAAUAUGACAUUAAAAGAAAUACCUUAUUAAAAUUACUGAAUUGAAAAUGGAAGCCUAGCCCUGGGAAGUAGUGUUUGGAAAUGAGUAGUAUUUGAAAUUAAAUCAUCUUUUGUUGAUAUCCUAAUUGUGAAGAACUUAGUGCCUCCAUUCAGAGCCCCUUGCUUAGCUGGACCAGUGAGGCCUAUGCUCCGUUCCAAAGCUGUGAUUAUGCAAUAAAGAGGUCAGAAGUUUACGGAUGUUUCCACACUGCUGUGUCAUCCCCUAAUUGUCUUCCAUGUAGAACAGUGUGUAGUUAGGAGAUGUAGCUUUGCCUUGGAAUUAGUUUUUACUUUUCUUUUUCCACCAAAGGCAAUAUUAGAAAUACUUUGGUUUUUUUUUCCCCACUAGUAAAUUCAUCAUCUAGAGUUUUUUUUUUUUUUUUAAAGAAAUGAUCAUCUAGCUCAAUUUACAUAUUUGAUGAUAAUGCAAUAUAAAUUUAGUUACUGACCCAUGGAAAGCCCAAUUGCUUUACUAGACCCUAGUCCUAAGGAGAUACCCUUGUAAAGCAGACAAUUGGUCAAUAAAUAAACUGUUACAAAUGCAAAAGAAAACAAUACACAUCCUGCUUAAAAACUAAGGCGGAAGGCUUCAACUGAAUUAUUAAAAAAAAAAAAAAAAACAAAACCACUCAAGGAUUAAAGAAGCUUUUCAAAACACAUUCAAAGGAAAAUAGCAGUGGGUGUCAUCACUGGGCUGAAAGGCAGCAGGCAGAACUGUCAGGUGUCAGAUUCUCACCUGGCAAUCAAUGUCCAGAAGGGGAAAAAAGACUCAGCCAGGGAAGGGAGUCACAAGACUUCCGGGGCGGGGCAGAAGCAGGUUCUCUAAGAGGUUAGAGUGGCUCCUGGAGGUGGCUCCUGAUCAGCUUCAUAAUUGUCAAGUACUUUGAAGAGCAGAAUGGGGGUGUCUGGCACUCAGGCAUCUUUCCUGAUUUGGUAUGCAGUUACCUAUGGUGGCCACAAGAUGUCAAUAUUAAUAAUGUUAAAAAGUCAAUCCCUAGAAAGGGCUCGAUUAGUUGGGUUUAUUUUCAAGUUAUGUGGGACUUUCCAGCUUCCAAAAGAAUGUUUUAAGAGGGAGAGAAUCAUAAAAACCACCCUGCUAAGAGGAAGAUAUAAAUUUUCAUUUAAAAGUUUCAAAUUAUAAAAAUAUGGUGUCUGACACAUGCACAUAUGUAAAAUCUGCUGUGAGUGGAUUUGGGAGGGUGUGUGUCCAAGUUUCAAGUUAAAGCUCACCCUUGGGCAUUUGAUGGACAUUCAUCCGGAUCUCAUAGUUGUCCCCAUUCACCAACCCGAGCCUCAGGCUCAGGACUCCUCAAGAUGUACAAUUCCAAGGCCACAUCUGUCCCUUGCUGGCCAUCAAACUCCAAACUAGCUACUCCAGAGCUGUUCAGAAGAGUAAAUGAUGUGUUUUUGAGAGGCAGGAAGAGACCAGUGGCCACAAAGAAGACUCAAUGAGGACACUGGUCACCUUCUAGAGGUGUGGCUAUGGGAAGCUAGGGCUCCUUUUUGAGCCUCUAUUCACCAUAGGCUGUAAUGUCACCCAUCAACAAGGUCUCUCUGCAGACUGGGAAAGGUUAUGCGUGCUAUGCUUUCUGCAUCCACUUGUCAUUCCUUACCAACAGCUGACCGUGCUAUUUGGCCUUGGGCGGAUCUCUGAUUAUUCUGCUUGCUGCCUUCUGACACUAACUUUAAUUUUUUAAAUGUAUUUUUAUUUUA